GAAAACUAUCAACGCUCAUCAACGCUAGAAUCAACGCUGACGCAACGAUUCUUUCUUCUACAUCUAUUUAUUCUUCUAUAAAAUCUAAAAAUUCAUGGAUAAAAUUCAUUAGUUUUACUGCUGCUCUUUGAAACCUAAAAAUGGAUGUUGAUGAAGACAGAAGACAGACAGAGGAAAGACAACCAUGGAAACUAGAAAAAGACUCAGAACUCCGUAUAGAAAUCUCUGAGGAUAGCAAAGGAGUGAACCUUGUGCUGUUGUCAGGUCUUGCGGAAGUCUUUGGAACAGAGUUAGUCAAGAAUAAAAAGUUUUCGUUCAAAGAAGGAUCAAAGUUUGCUGUUUUUACUUGGCAAGGCUGUUCUAUUGAGAUUAUUGGACCUGUUGAGGUAGCCUAUAUCUCCAAAGAGACACCAAUGGUUAUGUAUCUGAAUUUUCACAUGGCACUAGAGCAAAUGAGAGAAAAGGCAGACAAACCAGAAAACCCAGAACUUGGACCAAGGGUGAUGGUCGUAGGUCCAACAGAUGUUGGGAAAUCCACUGUGUGUAGGCUUCUAUUAAACUACGCUGUAAGAACAGGUAGACGGCCAGUGUUUGUUGACUUGGAUGUUGGACAGGGCACAGUAGGUGUUCCUGGUUCAAUAGGAGCUUUACUGAUUGAGCGACCUGCUGACAUUGAAGAAGGAUUUUCCCUGCAAGCACCUCUGGUAUAUCUCUUUGGUCAUACUUCACCAGCACCAAAUGAGAAACUUUACAAUAAGCUGACAUCUAAACUUGCUGAUAAUGUCUUCAAAAGAUUUGAGAAAAACAAAAAGGCUAAAGCAAGUGGCUGUGUGAUAAACACCUGUGGUUGGGUGACUGGAUUGGGUUACAGAACAUUAGUUCAUGCCGCCAAGGAAUUCAAAGUGAAUGUAAUUGUGGUUCUGGACCAAGAAAGAUUGUACAAUGAUCUAAAAAAGCAAUUUUCUGAUCAACUACAAAUAGUUCACCUUCCCAAAUCAGGAGGGGUCGUGGUAAGAAGCCAAGAAACAAGACGCAAUGUUAGAGAUGAAAGAAUAAGAAGUUAUUUUUAUGGACAGCAGGGAAAUCUUUAUCCUCACUCCUUUGAAGUAAAGUUUGCUGAUGUUAAACUUUUUAAGAUUGGAGCCCCUGUUGUUCCAGAUUCAUGUUUGCCUCUUGGGAUGGCACAAGAUGAUAACCAGACAAAGCUAGUUGCUGUUGUACCAAGUCAUGAUUUAAAACACUGUGUACUGGCAGUAAGUGCUGCAGAAUCUUUGAAUGAGGACCUUGUAACUACAAAUGUAGUAGGAUUCCUUGUCGUAAACAAUGUGGAUCUUGAUCGACAAGUCAUGGUUGUAUUGUCUCCAGCUCCAAGACCUCUUCCCAGGAAAUUUCUCAUUCAAAGUGAAGUGAGAUUUAUGGACUUCAAGUAACUCAAGAGAUGUCAACGUUGCAGAAACGAUUGUUUGAUCACUCAGGCAGCUGAUCAAGACAGCCUUAUCUAAACCUCCCUGUUAGCUGCUGGUCAAGCCAGCCUAAUCUUCACAUCCCUCACUUGAACUUGUGCUUCAUAUAGUAUUAUUACUUUUUAACUAAUUUUCUUUUUUUAUAUAAUUUUAUUGCAAGACUUUUUUGUAUAAUAUACAGUCGAACCUCUAUUAAGCGGCACUCUAUUAAGCGGUCACCCUCUAUUCAACGGUCACUUACUAAAGUCCCGAAUUUUCUCUCUCAUGUAUACUGUAAACUUGACCCCUAUUAAGCGGUCACCUCUAUUAAGCGGACGUGGUCACCAUAUCAACGUACCAAUUUGUAA